AUGGUAAACCACAAUCAAUCGACAGCUGACAAAAACGUAGGGCCAUCUGCCUCAUCAGAUCUAUUACUUACACUAAAUUUCGAAUUCACAGACCUCAAAAACUUGAAAUGCGAGGUUGAAAAAGUCAGUUCCGCUUUUGUAAACAGGGGAUUUAAACGCCAGCCAAUCCCUAUUCGUAUGAACGACACGUCAGAGGCCCUAGCAGAGGAAGUGGGCAAAUAUCUGCCUUCUGAGCAUAGCGAUAAAUUGAUCGUAGUUUACUACAACGGACAUGGAGGUUUGGAGGAGGGAGAUGGCCUAGUACUAGCAAGCCAUAAUCAUCCUAUGGGAUCGCACAAAUUGCAGCGGGACGCCAAAGUCUUCUGGAAGGUCCUGGACUUCGUGGAAAAGAAUCCGAGAAGAAUAUCCCAACGAAUAAUCCCGGAUGUGGCUACAACGCUCUCCGACUUCGUGGAAAAGCAUAAAGCCUAUCAGCCAAUUGCCGAAGUGAGCUGGAGCAACACCCACAAACGCAUCAUGGCCGCCAAGUGCGAUGUAGCUAUCAUCCUCGACUGCUGUUCCUCCGGCGCGGCAGCCAUUGGCCGGAGCGAAACAGAGGAGACCCGGAAUAGAAAAUUCAGAGCGGGCGUGGCUCAAUUGGCUACCAACGAAGAGGAGCGGUACGCGAAAGAAAUUCUUGCGGCGUGCAGCUGGUCGUCCACCUCUAGAGGGCAUAUCAAUGAGGCGUUAGCCGAGCACAACCUAUCCGACAUAGGCUUCAUACAUCAAACGCUGACAGGAAGGUGCGCUUUGGGGUCCAAUGACCACGAGGAAAUGCUCAUUACCCGAGAGAGUUUGCUUCGUAUCGUCCAAAGCGGUAAUAGGCCAAGACUGGCGUUGGAAUGGCAGGUAGUCGUACCUCUACAAACUACUCGUGUGAACGCAUAG